CGAGGACGCUAGUGCCCCCAGUGAGGAUCACCACUCAGUGCCCUUCAUCUGCUGACUUUGUUCCUGCCCCCAACAGGUUGAUCCUGCCCAGUGACCCACCUCCAUCCCCCGUCUCCACCGCCCGCCAUGAACCACGGCCCCCAGCUCAUCACCUUCACCCGUGCCCGGGAGCAGUCGGACUGCUGGAAGGAUGGGCACCUCCGGAAACAGGUCGGCUCCCCUGCCAACCGCCGGGAAAAGGAGGGGGACGGGGAGGGCGAGGACGCCCGGAGCUUCUACGAGAGUCUCCUGGCCUCGGGCGAGAGCUCCAGCCUCCCACGGAAACGCAAGGCUCCACUGACGCACUCCAGGGUGCUUGAGCCACCCAUCGCCCGGCCAGAGCAGACGGACCCUCGUAGAGGGAACCUCCUGCUGAGAUCGGCCCAGGAGGGUGACAUGGGAACCCUGCGGCGGCUGCUGGAGAAGGAGGGGUGUGAUGUGAACUACCGGGACGGUUACUACUGGACGGCGGUGAUGUGUGCCGCUUACGCAGGCCAGGGGGAGGCCGUGAGGUACCUGCUGACCCGGGGAGCCGCAUGGGUGGGAGUGUGCGAGUCGCAGGGGCGGGACGCGGUGGACUUAGCCGAGGAAGCCGGGCACCAGGACGUGGUGAGGAUCCUUCAGGAGCGUGAAACGGCUCAGCCAGAGGAGAGGAUGGCCAGCAGGAGGACUCCAGUGGAGAGGAAAUACUGCACCGUGUGCCAGACACAUUACAGUGAAGACAGCGUGGAGCUCCACGAACGCUCCACUGCCCACCUCUUCAACCGGCGCGACCCGCUCCCUCCAACCCGCUACCACAUCCCCGAGAGCAACGUUGGCUUCCAGCUCAUGGUCAAGGGGGGCUGGGACUGCGAGGCUGGGCUGGGGCCUGAGGGCACCGGCCGUAAAUUCCCCGUCCAGACUGUCCUCAAGAGGGACCAGAAGGGCCUGGGUUUCCGUAGCGACCUCCGGCCCAAGGUCACCCACUUCAACGCCAAUGACCCCAGUGCCGUGGCAUGGCCCAAGAAGCAGCCUAGGACGGAACGGGCAGCUACAGUGGGGAAGAGAGAGGCCCGUCGCAGAGAGGCCAAAGCAAAGGCCUGGGAGCGUGACCUCCGCACCUACAUGAACCUUGACCUUUGAACUCUUGGGAUCAACAGCACCUGUUGUCAUUCAGGUACUGGGAUUGCUUGGAUGGUGCACCGUCAUGAGCUUUGACCUUUAACCUUUCAUGAUCAGUAGCCCCUAUAACCAUUCAGCUAUUUGGAUUGCCGGGAUGGUGUGUCUACACAAAGCCUGACAUUUAACCCACAGUGACUAAUCAAUAACUCUAAAACGGUGUCACCAAUUGGAUUAACCAGAUGGGGUCCCUUCCAGGAACUUCAACCUGUGGUACUUCUGACAUCUGUACCGUUAACCAACAAACCUACAGCCUCUGAAACUGUUUAGCCAAUCAGAUCCCUCAUGUCUACAUGAACGCUGACCUUUAAACUGUGAUGUCAUCUCUGUGGUGCACCAUUAACAAUACAUGCACGGUCCUUGAAAGUGUUCAGCCAGUUGACUUCCUUGACUGGUUGGACGCCAACCCCUAACACAAUGUUGACCAUUAACCGUGGGCAUCUCAGUGGCAUUGCUGUACCGUUAACCAGUGAGCCUACAGCCCUUUAAAGCAUUUGGCCUAUUGGAUUCCUGGAUUGGCAGGAUGAUAUGACCUCACUUGUCUUAAAGGGCCAGUUGUGAUCAGGGAAGAGACACAUCUCUGCACUCCUGAGGGUCUUAGAACGCCAGAACUGCUGACCAAAGCAAUGCGCAGAAGCUCUCGUUCCUGUAACCCAAGAGGAGAUAAUUCAAUGAUGGGAAUGUGGCCUGUGCUCUGUUCUCCCUUCCGCUUAGAAAGCAGUGAGAUAUUUGGGUGGGAAAAGACACCAGCAGGACUUUUGGAUCUCUGGGGAUUUUGCUGCAUUCACUGAUUGGUGCGGGGCAACCAGUCUCCUCACUUGUUGUCAGGAUUCUGUUUGAUCAGAAAUCUUUGAGAGAGAAUAAAUAUGGUCCCUCACUGAUUGUUUUAGGUCUUUAAUAAUUACCCCUUUCAAAGCAAUCUGGAUUUCCUAAUUACUCUAAGAUCAGACUCCAGCCCUGACUCUCUGUUACAUUCCAAAUUUACCCCAUGUCUCCCUGACUCAGGUGGUGUCACUCUGGAUUCAGUGAGGGCAGAACCAGGCCCUGCCUCCAUUGACAUCUGGAUUUAGCUCAGGGUCACUGAGAUCAGUGUCCAGACCUUUCUUUUUUAUUUUUUUGUAAAGUCAACAAAACGGACCUUUUAUUUCUUCCAGAUGCCUUUUCUUGCUGCUGAUGCUUCCUCUGCUUUGUUCACAAACCCUGACCUCAUACUCUCGGUCUCUUUGAUUUUUUGUUUGAUAAAGACACAGAAACUCAUUCGCUCACAGCCCACUACGUGGCUGUACUAACACCCAGCAGAAGCCAUCAAGUUGGUUGUGACCUAGAAACAUCUUUCUGCUGGUCAGUUUUAUUCUUUCAAGAAAGAGGCAGCAGGGGGGAAAAAAUGUAAUCUCAGAUUUAGAGUUGGCUGGAGAAAAGGAUUUCCCCCCCCCCCCCCCAUGGAAAAUUUCAACACAUUACAUUUUACACUAUCAUUGAUUGUUUUCUGCAGAGAAUUUCAAUGUUGGGGCGAAAUCUCAAAAACUGAAUUGUUUUGAUUCAAAGCAGGGCCGUGUAGGAGUUGUCAUUCCAGGGCCUUGUUCUCUUUGGGCCAGAGUGGAUCUUCUAUGAUGCAUCCCUGCUAGGGACUCCUAUAACACCCACCCCUCAUCCAGAGAAGAGAACAUGGUGCAUCAUGGGAGAUGUAGUUCUUCCAAAGAGCAUGCCCAUAGAGAAUGUGGUACCUGAAUUACAACUCCCAUGGGCACCACUUGGAAGUUUUCUGUGGGCCAGGUUCCUGGGCUGAACUGUACCUCCCCUCUUGCUGAGAGGAGUGACACCAAUUCACACCAGCUGGGGUUCUGAUCCCAUCAACAUCCCCAGAGGAGCGGCUGAUUGACACCAGCUGGGGAUCUGGCCCAAAGCCUCACACAUCUAUCACUACGGUCAUCUGUAAGUAACUGUCCAGAA